UGCCGCGAAUAGUAGAAAUUAGAGUACAAUGAAACUGCAAACUCCUCUCAAGAACGUCUCUUGAACUGAACCUUCCUAUUUUAAAACCUAAUCGCCCCACUUCCAAUUUAACACCUCUCCUUCAGGUGUUAAUUACUUCUUCCCCUUUUCGCAUUCCGUUUAUAGUUCAUUAAUUCUUGUCCUUGAUUCUUAUUGUUAUUGUUGUUGUUAUUAUUACUAUAACUAGCAGCACUGAUUCUCAAUUUGAUUUUGAUAGUCGCAUGAAAACUGCACGAAAAGCCAUGGCAAUGGUCUCUCAAGAAACACACAACGACGACGACGACAAGAACGACAGGGGCAACAGUAUUAGUACUCCUGACGCAAGAUUAUCAUCUGAUAGAUUGAGUGGUUUGCAGGAAUCUACCCUAUAUCACAUAUUCUCCUUUCUUGGUGCUAAUGCUACUAUUAGUCUUAGUUUGGUGUCAAGAAAGUUUAAACAACUUUGUCUGUGCAGUCCUUUCUUGUUUUUUCUUGCCGAUUUUGAUAAUUCACUGCAGAUUUCUGAUUCAAAAAUGAAGAAAGAGAUUUUAAAAACAAGGUAUACCCAGUUCUGUAGUAGUGUGGAUAAAGUCAUGAGAUCAAGGCAUAAUCUAGGAAUUCAGAUAGAUAGGUUUCUUAUUCACUGGAUUACUAAGGUCUUUGUUAAUGAAGGUUGUUGUGUAAUUGCUUCUUGGGUUAACUCUGCUGCUGGCUGUAAUGUUAGAGAGUUGGACAUUCUUAUUGAUGUAGGUUUUGGGAGAGUUUAUUAUUUGCCUGAUGGUGUAUUUGAAUGCCAAUCUUUAAAGGUGUUGAGAUUGAACCUUCAGAAGGGUAAUUUUGGUUUGACAGAUAGGGAGAUGGAAUCAGUUGAUGAACUCGUUUUAGAUUCAGUAACAAUUUUUGAUAGAAAUUAUGGAAAAAGAAGUUCUAAUUUGUGGGCAUCUCUUAAAAGGUUGAAUCUUGUGAAUGUUCGUUGGAUGGAUGAUCUUAUUAUAGCUAGUAAAUCUCUUGAAGAGCUGAAAAUUUCUAACUCCCAAUUUGGACUAGUUAAUGCUGAGUGGCGUUUUCUCAUUCCAAGUUUAACUUUGAAGAGUAUUAGUAUCUCCAGGUGCCUGUUUAUAGGCCCUUGUCAGAUCAGCCUUGAUUGCCCAUCCCUUGAGAAUUUCACAGUCCAUGGAUCCAAGUUUGACAAUGUUUUUAUUGUCAAUAUGGUUCCUCCUUCCCCUGAACAUUUUGAAGGUCAAGUAUUUUGGUCUGAUCUCAAGAAAGCUUCAGCUACGCUCAAAUGUUUCGGAAUAUUUGGGUCUAAUUUUAAGAAAACCUGCAGUUUCUGCAUUUCUUGUCCAUCUGUUGACCAUAUAAAGAUUUCCAGCUGCAAGUUUGAAGAGUUUUGCCACCUUAAAAUUGAUAGUCCACCACUACAGGACUUGACUAUCUCAGACUGCGAACUAAUUUCUCCCUUGAUGAAAAUUUCCAAUCCAGACCACAAAAGGCGAAUUAUUAUUAAUACUGAAAUUGUUGAGCAAUUGACAUUAAUCUCGUCAGAUGAGUAUUCAUAUGAGUUUCCAUUGACAAUCGCUGCUCCCAAUAUCCAGACUAUAAGGUGGAAAGGAAAUCCUGUGGAUUUUAGUUAUUUGGAGAGCUUCAUGUCACUGAAAAAUGCUGUAAUUGAUAUUGAACCUUCUUGUCAGCACAAGAGCAGGGAAUUAGCUUGCUGUUGCAAGCUUUUUAAGAGCUCGAUUUACUCUGUUGCUGUGCUUCUUCAAAGUCUAAAACAUGCGAGAUUCUUGAAGAUCAAUAUCUGGCCUAUUGAGAUGUUCUUCAUGCAAAAUGAUGAGCCAAUAUAUUUCGAUAGUUUAGUGCGCCUGAUUCUGAUUAUCAAUGAUUCGUUAGCCGAAAAACUUCCAGUAAUUGCCUCCUUCCUCAAGGGAUUGCCAAAUCUAAGAAUUUUGUUCAUAAAGUGUGAGAAGAAAUCCCAUGCACUUGGAAAUCCAAACUUAAUCAACUCAUUAGGCUUGUGCCAAGAAUCCUUUAAUCUUUUAUUCAGUGAGGAUUGGAAAAAGAUAAAGAUUGAGAAGAUAACUGCACAAGCUGCAGAAGAAGUCUAGUAAAUGUAUAUACACCUUGCUACACCUUUCUCCUCUAAUGUUAAUGUAAAUAAUACAAGACUGCAAUAUAUAUAUAUAUAUAUAUAUAUAUAUAGGGCGUUUCAUUAUUGAAUCCAGUGAACAGAAUCGAGGUACCAUCUGAUGCAGCAGGAUUACUGGAUUCGCCAAAUAAUUGGUUUGGCCAUUAAUGCUGUACAGUGUUUUUUUUACUCCUUACAAGCUAGUCGAAGGCAGUCUUGCUUCUUCUUUUU